AUGAAAGCAAUCUAUUCAUUUGUGGCUCGAAUUGAUGAUCGAAAAAUUGUCGCACAAUUAAAAGAAAAAAAGAAAGCACAACAAGAAUACAGUGAUGCUCUUCAACAAGGUCAUGGUGCAUAUUUACUCGAACAAGAUGAAAAAUCUCAAGGUAAUUUUAUAAUCAAUGUCGAUGCACUACCAGCCGAUAUUGAAUUAGCUAGCAAUCAUUCGAAUACUAUUGUUGCGGUGGAACCAGGUGCUGUUAUGACUUCAUUUAUACCAACUAAAGAAGAUUGUCAACACGCGAUGAACAAUGUCGAGACGACGAAUGAAUUUAUUUUUGUUAUCGAUUGCAGUGGAUCAAUGCACGAUCAGAACAAGAUUGGAUUGGGACGUGAAGCCAUGUUACUCUUUAUCAAAAGUCUUCCACUAGAUUGUCAAUUUAAUAUCAUUCAAUUCGGAUCUAAUCACGAGGCAUUAUUCGAUGAGGUUACUGAUAUUUACAAUGAAAAAAAUGUUCAUAAAGUUGAACGACUCAUCAAUCAAUUGCGGGCAGAUUUGGGUGGUACUGAGCUGUUAGAACUGCUGAAAUGGUUAGAAAAGCAUCCUCCACGAAAAGGUCGUACACGACAAAUAUUUCUGUUGGCUGAUGGAGAAAUUUCAAAUGUGAACGAAGUACUCGAUCUAUGUCGUUCAAUGGCUACUUCCACAAGGAUCUUUUCAUUCGGUUUAGGUCAUUCACCGAGUCGUUCACUAGUCAAAGGCCUUACUCGAGCAACAAAUGGACGUUUUGUUUUUAUUCCACCUAACAGUAGUGUCGAAAUUCAUGUUGUGAAAUGGAAUCUGGGUACUAAUGUUAUGAGUGGGCCAGCAAAAAUACCACCAGUCUAUGCAAAUGAUCGUCUAAUUGUCUAUGCACUUGCCAAUAAUUCAAUGUUUGUCUUCCAUCAUAAUUCCAGAGUAGAAUUACAUACUGACAGAAGUCGAUUAGGUAAGGCGAAAAUUGAUGGUUUAUGUAAUGUGAGCAUGAAUGAGACCAUUGCUCGACUUGCGACUAAAGCACUUAUUCUCGAAUUACAACAUUCGAAAUUUCCCUCAUCGAUCAAGAAGAAGAAAUCAGGUUCGUUAUUAAGUUGUGUUCGGAAGAAUCGUUCAUCGCCAAUACCAGCAACGAGAAUCAACGAGACAGGAAUGACAAAGAAAUUCAUUAUUGAACUUUCACUCAAAUAUCAUACUCUGAGUCCACAUACCGCUUUUAUUGGUAUUGAAAAACGAAUGAAUGGUAACAAUGCCGAUAUGAUCUUGCGUGAAGUACCGAUUCAAAUAUCGACCGAUGACCAACACUUAUUGGUAUCCCAUUCCAUGAAUCAGUGCGCCAAUAAAAUACCACCUAGUCCGAUGACAUUUCGUAUGAUGCCAGCACCAAUGGCGAUAUCUACGGCGAAUCGGUCUAUGCCAACGGAGUAUGAGCGACGUAAAACUUGCAUGGUGUGUGUGUUGGUGUAUGGGUCUUCUCUUGAUUCACACCCAUCCACACCUACAUCCCAAAUAAUAUAUAAAGAAAAUAAGAUAAUUCAUUCUAUAUAUUGUAUUAAUUUUUAUUGUGUAUUAAAAGGCGUUUUUUAUAUGUGCAUUAAUUUUUGCAAGUAUGUUUUAAUUUCUCCCAAUAUUUGUAAGUUGAGUAAAAUCAAUUAUAUUACUGUGGUACAAGUAUAAUUUAAUUAACAAUAAUAUCAUAUUCAAAGAUUGUAAAUAUUCCAUUAAACAUUUUUUCUUUUCAUAUACUUUUAGGAACUAGCGACCUAACGUAUUUUAUUUUUCGUUGAUCAAAAUUGUUAUCCACAUAUCCUAAUUAUUUAGUCUGUCUAUUGUA